AUGGACGGGGACGCGCCCGCCUCCGCCGUGCUCAAGAAGGGCCACGGCGUGCCCGACGCGGAGGCAGCAGCCGGGGGCGGAGAUGGUGCCGGCAGCAAGGAGGACGGCGGCGGCGGUGGCGGCGGCUGCUGCUCGUGUUGCUGCUGUUGCUGCUGCUGCAAGCCACGAGCAGGGGCCGAGGCGAGCAGCGAAGGCAGCGCGGGCUGGUGGCGGCCCACCAUGCUGCUGCUGCUGCUCGUGCUACUGCUCGUCAUCUUCGUCCUCAUCUCGGGCAUCCUGCUCUACUACAACUAUAUCACCUACAGACCCAGACUACCACUGACAGAUGAUUUCAGCUACGAUAUACCUCCAAUUCCUACAGAAGAGCCAUGCGAGGAGGCGCCUUGCUGGUGGGGCGCGGAGUGUGAGUCGGUGGAGGGCCGCCCCCUCUGCCGGUGCCCCGAAGACUGCCCGCCGCCGCCCCCCGACGCCGCCCCCGACGCCGCCGCCGACGCCACCGUCUGCGGCAGCGAUGGCGCCACGUACGCCAGCGAGUGCCACCUGCGCGCCAAGGCGUGCGCCAACCGCGACGAGACGCGCGUCAGCCACCCCGGCCCUUGCGUUACGAAGUGUGACAGACACUGCUCAUCAGAGUGCCAGUGUAUGGAUGAAGUACCUCCAGCCUGCCGGCAUAAGCCCAUCUGUACCCCUGAUGAUAACUCGGUCUGA